AUGCAGCCCGUUUUAGCAAUGGAGAACGAGGCUGGAAAUAAGUACAGUUCGUGUUUUAUGUGUAAAGACAAAGACAGCUCGCUGACGUAACGAUUCAUACUAAAAGGACCCUUGGCGUGACGUCAUCCGCUCCGCGACAGAAAUCGGGAAAGUUCGCUGUUGCUAAAUAACGAGGAUCUUAUAUUGUUUAAAUAACAUAAUGCCGAAGGUGAAAAGGAGUAGGAAACCACCUCCAGAUGGUUGGGAGCUCAUAGAGCCGACUCUUGACGAGCUGGACCAGAAAAUGCGCGAAGCUGAAACCGAGCCUCAUGAGGGCAAACGUAAGGUUGAGUCUCUGUGGCCGAUCUUCCGACUUCAUCACCAGCGCAGCCGUUACAUUUUCGAUCUUUUCUACAAGAGGAAGGCCAUCAGUCGAGAGCUCUAUGACUAUUGCAUCAGAGAGGGCUAUGCAGACAAGAAUCUGAUUGCCAAAUGGAAAAAACAGGGCUAUGAAAACCUGUGCUGUCUGCGGUGCAUUCAGACGCGCGACACAAACUUUGGAACAAAUUGCAUAUGCAGAGUUCCCAAGGGCAAGCUUGAAGUGGGUCGUAUCAUUGAGUGCACUCACUGUGGAUGCAGAGGAUGUUCUGGAUGAGUCAAGAGGGCAACAACUUUUUGAAUUUACUGAACUUUGAUUUAUUUUAAUACAAUUAUUGGGUUGUCAUUACAAUGUUGGAUCUGUUGAAAUUAUAUGAUUGUAUGUGUAUGCUUUGAUUUCUUUUUUUUCUUUUUUGUAUUAAACUGUGUCUUAAUUAUUCUGGGUUACACUGUCCAAUCUCGUGCUUUGAGUGCG